AUGGCUCCUAAUAAUAAGAUGGAAGACUCUGAGAGUAACUUGGGCAAAGACAUGCGCAAGCUGAGGAAACCGGUGAUCGAGAAGAUGAGGAGAGACCGGAUUAACAGCAGCAUUGAGCAGCUGCGCAUCUUACUGGAGAAGGAGUUCCAGAGACAUCAGCUCCCCUCCAAACCUGAGAAAGCCGAUAUCCUGGAGAUGACGGUCACUUUCCUGAGACAACAGCUCCACCAUGCAACCAAAGAGGUGGCACCAUACAAACAAGCCUCCUCUCCGUCUAUGAAGGAUGCAGAAUUUGUGACCCAAGGCAGACAACUAGCAGCACAGAUCGGCUUCUGGAUGGACCCCCAGAAAUGCAGAUCUGCAAAUGAAAGCGUAUGCCAUUCCCUGAGGUCUUUCAACCAAGGAAUCAACAAGCAAGGUGUCCAGGACUACAGCCCUGCUGACCUAUGGAGACCCUGGUGA